AUGUACCCGAUACAUCCCAUCCCAGUUGACCAACCAACCACAAGCAAAGAUGACACACGAAACCCCGAAAACUGCUUCACACCAGAUCUAGAUCUCGCACCGAGUUAUACAGUAGUACAAUACAUGCACGACCUGACACAGAUGCCUCCAGCAUCAACCCAGAGAAGAAAGACAGCUGCCGUAGCAGAGGUCUAA